CGGGAGCAACAUGGCAGCAUCCGUGAGGCGCUAGCUUUAGGAAAAGAGAGCGUUUGGUGUCGCUGCCUUGCGGGAUUUUGACAGGUUGCAGCUUUCCACGACCUCCCGAUUUAAGGAAGCGUGUACCGAUAGGUGGACAGCUUUAGUUAUCGACCGUUCGCUCUCAUCCCCACUUAGGAGCAGAGUCCUGAGCGCUGACCAGCAUGAGCAACAUUUACAUCCAGGAGCCUCCCACGAACGGGAAGGUUUUAUUGAAAACUACAGCUGGAGAUAUUGACAUAGAGUUGUGGUCAAAAGAAGCUCCUAAAGCUUGCAGAAAUUUCAUUCAGCUUUGUUUGGAAGCAUAUUAUGACAACACCAUAUUUCAUAGAGUUGUACCUGGUUUUAUAGUCCAAGGGGGAGAUCCUACUGGUACAGGGACUGGUGGAGAGUCUAUCUAUGGAGCCCCAUUCAAGGAUGAAUUCCACUCACGGUUGCGUUUUAAUCGGAGAGGACUGGUUGCCAUGGCAAAUGCUGGUCCUCAUGAUAAUGGCAGUCAGUUUUUCUUUACACUGGGUCGAGCAGAUGAACUUAACAAUAAGCACACCAUCUUUGGAAAGAUUACAGGGGAUACAGUAUAUAACAUGCUACGACUGACAGAAGUAGACAUUGAUGAUGAAGAAAGACCACGUAAUCCACACAAAAUAAAAUGUUGUGAGGUUUUGUUUAAUCCUUUUGAUGACAUCAUUCCAAGAGAAAUAAAAAAGCCAAAAAAAGAGAAACCAGAGGAGGAAGUAAAGAAAUUGAAACCCAGAGGCACAAAAAAUUUUAGUUUACUUUCAUUUGGAGAGGAAGCUGAGGAAGAAGAGGAGGAAGUAAAUCGAGUUAGUCAGAGCAUGAAGGGAAAAAGCAAAAGUAGUCAUGACUUGCUUAAGGAUGAUCCACAUCUCAGCUCUGUUCCAGCUGUUGAAAGUGAAAAAGGGGAUGCAGCAGGAGAUUCAGAUGAUGAUGGAGAAUAUGGAAGUGCAGAGCAUGAUGAAUAUGUUGAUGGUGAUGAGAAGGACCAGAUGAGAGAAAGAAUUGCGAAAAAGUUAAAAAAGGGCACAAGUGCAAAUGUUAAGACAGCUGGAGAGAGUGAAGUGGAGAAGAAAUCAGUUAGCCGCAGCGAAGAGCUCAGAAAAGAAGCAAGACAAUUAAAGCGGGAACUCUUAGCAGCAAAACAAAAGAAAAUGGAAAAUGCAGCAAAACAAGCAGAAAAAAGAAGUGAAGAGGAAGAGGCUGCUCCAGAUGGUGCUGUUGCAGAAUACAGACGAGAAAAGCAAAAGUAUGAAGCUUUGAGGAAGCAGCAGGCAAAGAAAGGAACUUCCCGUGAAGACCAGACCCUUGCGCUGCUGAACCAGUUUAAAUCUAAACUCACUCAAGCAAUUGCUGAAACUCCUGAAAAUGACAUUUCUGAAACAGAAGUAGAAGAUGAUGAAGGAUGGAUGUCGCAUGUACUUCAGUUUGAGGAUAAAAGCAGAAAAGUGAAAGAUGCAAGCAUGCAAGAUUCAGACACGUUUGAAAUCUAUGAUCCUCGGAAUCCAGUGAACAAAAGAAGAAGGGAAGAAAGCAAAAAGCUGAUGAGAGAGAAAAAAGAAAGAAGAUAAAAUGAGAGUGAUGAUAAACCAGAACUAGCUGGAAAUGUGCCUGCAAUAAAUGGCCUUAAAACAGCCAUUGUUCCCAACAGCAUCACUUAAGGGUGUGAAAAGAAGCAUUUUUGAACUUGUCGUCUGGUUUUGAAAAACAAUUAUCUUGUUAUGUAAAUUGUGGAAUGAUGUAAGCAAAUGCUUUUGGUUACUGGUACAUGUUUUUUUUCCCCUAAUUGAGCUUUUAUAUUGCUAAAUCUGAAAUAAAAUCACUUUCCUUCUAGUUUACAUGUUAACCAUUUGCAGAAUGUACAAAUCUGUUUGUAUCUUUUUACCCUAAAAUAUGUGACGGCUCCGUUUUCAAGAUUUUUUAUAAGACAUCUUUACAGAAAGAAUAUUUAAGGGAAACCUCUUUGGCAUUCUGUUACCACAGCACUAACUUUGAAAUAUGAUUUUUAAAUUAUGUAAUAAAAAGAUUGAUGGUUUUGUUUUGCAUAUAAAUAUCUAAAAAUAGCCAAAUCAGUAAGACUCAAUAGCCUUAAAUCUUAAGAAACCCCUAAGUGAAUGUUCACGCCUGCGUCUAGGCCAAUGCAGUCAAGACAAUAACACACUAAGUAAUGUCAGCCAAGCUUACUGCACACCCUGGCUUGACCCCAGGCUACCGGCUCACUCCUCUGCCCUUCUCAGCACAGCAACGGCAGGAGCACAUGCAGAGGUCCCAUCCUGGCAAUAGAACUUAUUAAGAAUUUAGCCUUUUAUGACAAUCAGUCAUGCUGGUUAUUUACUAUAUAUUAUCUGUACUAUUUAGUCAGUGUUUUCUAGAAUCUGAAUGCCAAGAUUAUACCACAGGUUAACUUCCAGUUACCUAGUAAAACCUCACCAGCCACGUCUUUUCAGGUAGUGUCUCAUCAGCUCUCUCUUUUGAAGUGGAAUCCAAUAGGCUUUCUUUAGAGCGCUUGCUCUCACAACGUAGCCCCAGACGCUACACUAGAGCAGCAGCAGCAGCACUUACAGCCACGUUAGAAAUUCAAAUUCCUGCCAUACUACCCACCACCAUUAUCCCCAUCCAGACUAAUGGAUCUGAAACUUUGAUCAUAGAAGGCUUGUUAAACAGACCGCUGGCUUCACUGCUGGUGAUCCAAUCUUUGGAGACUGACAAUAUCUAGUGAAGUUAAAAAUGUUCAUAUCCAGUGAUCCAGAAUUUCUAAUCCUAGGUCUGUUGCCUAAGGAAAUUCUCACACAUUGCUCAAGGGGACCUGUACUAAAUAUACAUUGAAGCAUCAACCAAAGAGUGGAUAAAUAAGUUAUUAUACAUCCAUGCUAUGGAAUACUUUGUAAGCGGCGAAGAUUAAUAAACCAGAGUUGUGUGUACUAGUUUAUCUUAAAAAUAAUGUGAGGAAUAGGCAACCUCCUAUAUAAAAAUUUAAAACACACAACUCACCAUUAUAUAUUGUUUACAGAUGUAUACAUGUAGCAAAAGUAUAAAAACAUAAAAACUAGUGGUUACCUCUGAGGAGGCAGAAGGAAUACACAGGGGGCUUCAUUUGUGUUUGUAAUGUUUUAUUUCUUAAGAUAGAUGUUGGGUAGUCAAGCCUCAUUAUUCUCUUUACAUUUUGGUAUGCCUGAAAUAUUUCAUAAUUUGUUCUUUAUGAUCUAGAACCUGAGGUGAGAAGACAGAAGGACACCCCCUUUCUUUUUGGCUUCAGAAGUAGGAGAACGUUCCAAAGAGAAAAAGAGGGAUAUGAUAAAGGUGUUCUGGGGAACAGAUGCUAAGCCACCACAAAUAAGCCAGUGUUUGGAAAUGUGCCCUAUCUUCCCCUCACCGCUGUAAUAUCAAUUGUAUUACAGAUGUUCACAAAGCAAAAUGUUGUUGUUUUCUAAACUCACAAAGUCUCUGUUGUUUAUUAUGAAAAGUAUUACCACUGGAUCUAUUUGUAUUGAAGUACCCCGUAGGUUUCUCUACCAUUCCUCCACGACUGUGUCCACCUAAAACAGUGUGGUUUUAUCCCUAAAAUAGAGGGGACCACAGGCCUCUAGGGCACAGCCAGAAGACUAGUAUUCACAGGUUUAGAAGAUAACUGAAAAAAUUAAAACAGGUUGACUGAAUGCGCCUCAUCCUGCUUUAAAUUGCAAGGAGCAGAAAGAUCUGAAAUUCUACAGAGAUUAGAAUCUUACCAGAAUUUCACCAUGAUAAUAAAACUCAUUUUGAAUUUAACUGAAUAAUAGCAAUAACAAUUUUUUAAAAGCUUAAGAACAUGGUUAAAUUAUCUGUCAUAUAUAGUAUUAAAUGUGCUUAUAGUAAAAUCUUUGGAAAUGUCACAGGAACGUUUUUGGGCCAUGUGAAUUGCAAAAAUGAAAUAAAAUGAGUUCAAAGACCAAAAAAAGAGAAAACGUAAGACAAUUAGCCUGUAUAGUUCAUUCUAAUUUUAUAUUUAUUUGGAUUUAUUUUUCUCUAUGUACUUGCCCUAGGGAUAUUAUCCUGAAACAGUGAAGUCCAGUAGCCAUCUCCUUUGUUAUCUAUGGUGAUGCUGGGCAUUGUGGAGAACAGAAAGAAAAGCAACUCCUGGCAAUUGUUUUUUCUCAUUUUCUGACAAGCCAUUUUUUUCACUUUGGUUGAAGCUGUCAGCGAGGUGAAAGUUAAAAUUAACUCUAGACCUCUCCUUUCUCAAUAGGUAAUUGAAGAAAUGCAGAUUGCUCUAGAAUUUUUAAUGGUAUAGUAUCAAAACACACAUUAUCACAUGCCCUCAGCUCUCUGUAUGCUCUGGCCACGCAGUCAGUAAUGCAUCUGCUGCAUCUAAAAAUGGGGACACCAUAGAAAAAGGUCAUCAAAAAGUGUGAGGAGAUGAGUGGUUUGCUGCUGUUGUUUUUAGAACAAGUUCAAUAAGCUAUGGUGUCCUUAUCAAACUGUCACUACCAAGUCUCUUGAUAGGAUCUGACGUGUGAGGUACAUAAACCUGUGCUGUUGUAUCACUGUGGCCUGAAUGGAAAAGGUUAGAUAAAUGCAGAAUAUUGCCCCAACAUGCUGUUUAAUCUUGGCGAUAACAAGAAAGAAAAUGGAUGUGUGAAGUGAGUUACCAUUGAGGGUUGUAUCAGUAUAAGCAAUUUGUAUGUACGGGGUGUAGAGAAGUUAA